CAAUUGACAAAUAAAAAUGACAUAAAUACACACUUAGCCUCAAAGUCAGAUCAAAACGACUCGUACGGCGACUGAAGUAGCAGUUUGUGUAGACAAGUGCUCCAUAAAAACAUCGCGAUAGCUAAAAUGUUACUGAAUUUUAAUCACAUAUGGAAAUGUUCGAUCGUGUUGAUCGGCUUCAGCCAUCUGACAUCCGCUGCGAAAUUCCGUUGUUAUUAUACAUUCACCGACUUUAAAGAGGUACCAGUAGACACUCCGGACGAGCUGGUGACAUCUGGGAGUCCUUAUGUGGACAUCAAAAAACCAACUUAUUUCGUUGCCAUAGGGUUUAAUUUUCUCUUGAACGGGCCUUUGCUUACGAACCUGGUGCCAACGAUGCUUAGCCUCGGAGACAGAAACGUGUGUCUGGUCAAUUGGGUAAAUGAAGCUGCAGCCGGAAUGCUGGGGGAUCAAUUAGGAUAUACGCUACAUGCUUUGCCGAACAGCAGAACUGUGGGAAGAGCUGUCGGAAAAGCUAUUAAAAAGCUCGUGGAUCUUGGAUUACUAAACGACAUCCAUUUUGUCGGUCACUCUUUGGGUGCGCAACUUGCCGGCUACGCUGGACGAGAAGCUAUCGUAAAAGGAAUCAAACUCAAAGAGAUUAUUGCUUUAGAUCCGGCCCGUCUUGGCUACCAGCCCCCCUCGUUCUAUCAUUACGUGGACUCGUCUUGUGCCAGCCUGGUGUAUUCUGUUCACUGCGAUGUGAACGGGUACGGCCUCAACAUCAGCACGGGCCACAUUGAUUUCUGGCCUAACUACGCCAACUAUAUCAGUCCCACAGCCACCAGACUGCAACCGGGCUGCCAAAAGGGAACCACAUCGCAGGAGACCCUUACUAAUGGAAAUAGAUGCAGUCACGACCGCUGCUGGCAGUUCUAUAACAUUGCAUUGACCAACCCCAGUUUAUUUAAAGGCGGCAAAGCAAAUAACUACUACGAAUGGGUCUCCAAGUCAGGCAACUUCAAAGACACCAAUUUCAUCGGUCCACUUAUCGAUGCACAGAAACCUGGCCAGUUCUUCUUAGUCACCGGUGCAGAUAGUCCUUGGGGCCUGGGUGAUGAGGGCCUCAAAGUUCCAACAACCAAAGCAGAACAAAGACAUCUUGUUUUUGGAGACAUCCUUGAACCAGUUGUUUCAUCAGUACUAAAUUUACCGAUUUUAUAGAUGUAUUUGUCCUAAUAGAACACCUAUAAUAAACUUAAUGACUAAUAUAUCAAUAGUGACUCUUUAAUGGGACUAUGCAGAACUAUUUGCUCCCGCGAAGCUACUCAUGAAUAGGAGUGAUUUGUGAUUUUUGUAGAUGUUGCGGUGAUAUUAAUAACAAUAAAAUUAUUGUUAAAAUGAUAAUAAGAUAACUUACUUACGAUUUCCUUUACAAAAGAAAUCAAGUCAGGAAGGAAUUAUGCAAAUAAAUAAGUAAAAAUAUUUAUAUGUUAUGGUGAAGUGAUUGGUGAUAAAGAUCAAAAAGCAGGCAGGUACUUGGUUAACGGAGCAGCCUUGCCAUCCAACGCAGCAAUGCUGCCGACACCAUUCCUGAUGGCGGCACUUGGAUUAUAUAUUUUUAAGAUUUCCGUACCUCAAAAAUAAAAAAAAGGCCCCUUAUAGGUUCACUUUGUUGUCCAUCUGUCUGUCAAGACCCUUUAACUCGGAAACGCGUAGUGGUAUCGAGUUGAAAUUUAAACCAUAUAUACGAAGUUAAACGGUCCAUUUGAAGCGCUGAAAAAACAAACUUAGAAGUUUAAACUUAACAUGAGGAAAAGAUACGGCAGUUUAUCUGUCUCUCUGUCAAGACCCUUUAUCUCGGGAGCACAUGGAGGUAUCGGAUUGAAAUUUAAACCAUAUACUCAGGUCUACGGACCCUUGAAGCUGUGAAAAAUAAACCUUUUAAGACGGUCGUUACUUUUGCGAAAAUACGUGUGUUAAAAUAAAAUGUCUGCGUGCGCUCUCACACUAAGAUAAUAAAACUGUAGAUAGUUACAAAAUCACCAGAAUCGUUAUUUAUUGAGAUUGUUGAAACAAAAUGUUAAUUUUGACAAUAUUGUGGAAAUUCCUUGCUUUGCUUGCUUGCUUGA